ACCCCCCAUUUUGUUACAUUGCCCAUUGCUCUCUCUGUAUUUGACUCUUGCCAAAAUCUCCUUUUAGUUUUUGGUUUGUCAAACUUACACUCAAAUGGGGGGAGAUCACGGCGGGGGCAAAUCGGACAUUUCAUUCGCCGGUACUUUCGCUGCUAGCGCCUUUGCUGCUUGUUUCGCUGAGGCGUGUACUUUACCAUUGGAUACUGCUAAAGUUAGGCUUCAGCUUCAAAAGAAGGCUGUCGCAGGGGAUGGAAUAGCUUUACCUAAAUAUAGGGGAUUGUUAGGUACUGUUGGCACCAUUGCAAAGGAAGAAGGAGCAGCUUCACUAUGGAAGGGUAUCGUACCUGGGUUACAUCGUCAAUGUAUAUACGGAGGUCUUCGUAUUGGGAUGUAUGAACCUGUUAAAAACUUAUAUGUUGGCAAAGAUCAUGUCGGAGAUGUGCCGUUGUCAAAGAAAAUUCUUGCUGCACUUACAACUGGUGCAUUGGCCAUUACAGUUGCAAAUCCUACAGAUCUAGUUAAAGUACGUCUACAAGCUGAAGGAAAAUUGCCAGCAGGUGUGCCAAGGCGUUACUCUGGAGCUCUAAAUGCUUACUCAACAAUAGUGAAACAGGAAGGAGUUCGAGCUCUGUGGACUGGUCUUGGACCCAAUAUUGGGCGGAAUGCCAUCAUCAAUGCAGCUGAAUUAGCCAGUUAUGAUCAAGUGAAGGAGGCCGUUCUCAGGAUUCCUGGGUUCACAGACAAUGUUGUUACUCAUUUGAUCGCAGGGCUUGGAGCUGGAUUUUUUGCAGUUUGCAUAGGGUCCCCUGUUGAUGUGGUAAAGUCAAGGAUGAUGGGAGAUUCCGCAUACAAAAGUACUCUUGAUUGUUUUGUCAAAACAUUGAAGAAUGACGGACCUUUAGCUUUCUACAAAGGCUUUAUCCCAAAUUUUGGACGCUUGGGAUCGUGGAAUGUCAUUAUGUUUCUGACAUUGGAGCAGGCCAAAAAGUUUGUCAAAAAAUUAGAAUCAUCUUGAUGUUAAAGAGGGAUGGAUCAUUAAGCAACCAUUAGAAGAUGGAAUCAACAAAGAUAUUUUUCAAUAUUCCCCUUUUUUCAUUUUUCAUGAAUAAUUCUGCUCCAUUGGAGAACCCAUAGAAACUGUGAGAAACCAGCUCAGAAGCAUUUAGUCUUCUCCUUUAAAGGGGCCUCCUACUAUUCUUAGACUGCAACAUACUGUACUUUCUUUCCUUUUUGGUUGCUUGGGGAUUUUAUUUGCCCCUGCGGAUUUAUGGAAAUUGACUCCAACAGUAAACAUCGAAGAAAGAGCUUGAGCUGUAUGUUCUUGUUGA